AUGGACGAUCCUCCUGUUGUGUGCGAUCCAUGUUUGGGUGAUUCGAGUAACAUUCGUAUGACAAAAGCCACGAAUGGCGCUCAGUGCAAGAUAUGUACAUUGCCCUAUACGUUGUUCCAUUUCAAGCCUCACAUAAGAGAUGCAAACUUAACAAAGACUGUCAUAUGUCGGAGAUGUGCUUUGCAAAGGAACAUUUGUCAAUGUUGUAUGCUCGAUAUGGUAUGGCAUAUCUCUGUACAGUUGCGAGACCAGAUGCUGGCGAUGAUACAGAAGGAUCGUAAUGUGGUGACUGAGGAAGCGCAGAACGAUAUGAUGAGAAGGUUUUUGGCCUUGAAAGGUGGUAAACUGGGUGGGGCCCAAAUUACGAGUGAUCCUAAUGAGAUCCAUAGUGUACUGAAUAAGUUACAAGAAGUGUUACACAGUAAUCCGGUGAGCGUGGUGAAAAAGAUUGAAUCGGCACCGUUGGAAAAAUUCAAACAAUAUGAUAUAUCGUCGUUACUUCGGAAACUGCCCUUAAAGGAUUCAUUCGGUACUACUGAACCGUGUAAAUCGUUCUUUCUGUACAAUGUCGAUGCGUCGAUUCCAGAGUGGAAGAUUUCCAAAGCGAUCGCUGAAACUGUUAACAAUGAGCAAUGGCAAGACAGGGCUACGACCGCGUUGGUUGUUAAUCACAAAGCGAAAUGUGGUGGUAUAAGGUUCAAGAGCGAAGAACUGGGCCAGAAGUUUGUCGAGACGUUGCAAUCGAGUGGAUCAGCUUUCAAAACGGCUGAGAAUUUGGAAAGAGGAGUGUUAAAGAUCGAUCAUUUCCGUCUCUUCGUCAUUCCUUGGACUUCAGGAUUUUCUGCAAGCUCUUUUGGAGCUACUACUGGCGAAAAUAUCAAACUUAGCCUAAGUCUUGAUAAGUUGAUAAAGCUCGAAAACUCGGCCAACUUGACCGCGGCGGCGGCGCCAGAGAAAACCAAAAAGAAUAAAGUCACAAAGAAGAGACAAACUCCAAAAAGAGUCUCUAAUUUAGAACUAUAA